GGGCUUGUCUGCUAAGACCGGAGAGAGAAAGAUAGAGAAGAAGUCAGAGAGAUGGAGAGAGAGAGAGAGGGGUUUCAAGUUGGGCCAUUCUUUUAAUAAAGACUUUCUCUUUUUCUAAAAAGCAGACCUCCAUUUUCACUUCCCUUCUGUGUUCUUCUUCAGCAAUCUCAUCAUUUACAAAAGCACUAGCGAAAAUCACCUAAAACCCAUUUUUAUUUUUCUCUCUUUUUAUUUGAUUUUGAUGGAUCCACAGAUCUAAUGCUUUGAUACUCAUGAAAUUCUCCUUCGACUUUAAAAGUUAGUGCCUUUCAAAAACCAGUCAAAUUUCAAGUGCAUACUCACUGUGUUAGAGAAGUAUACAAUUUACUGCUGGAGUUUCAGGUACAGAGGUUGUUUUGGCUGCUUAUUAAAUGUGGAUAUUUGGAGGUUUCUUUGGAUGAGAUGAGGGAUGUUAUCUGGGUUAAUGAACUUUUUAAAGGCCUGUUUUCGGCCACGGUCGGAUCGAUAUGUGCACACCAAUUCGGAUAGCAAUGGUCGCCAAGAUGGGCUACUGUGGUACAAGGACCAUGGGCAGCAUUUUAAUGGUGAAUUUUCAAUGGCAGUAGUGCAGGCCAACAAUUUACUUGAAGAUCAGAGCCAAAUUGAGUCGGGCAAUCUGAGCUUACACGAGUCUGGCCCAUACGGUACCUUUGUUGGAGUUUAUGAUGGUCAUGGGGGACCUGAGACAUCGCGUUAUAUCAAUGAUCAUCUCUUUCAGCAUCUCAAGAGGUUUAGUGCCGAGCAACAGUCGAUGUCAGUGGAUGUGAUACGGAAGGCAUUUCAAGCGACAGAAGAGGGUUUUCUCUCUGUUGUUACAAAACAAUGGCCCAUGAAACCGCAAAUUGCAGCAGUUGGAUCAUGUUGUCUGGUUGGUGUUAUCAGUGGUGGAAUCCUUUACAUUGCCAACCUUGGUGAUUCCCGUGCUGUUUUAGGAAGAGCUGUGAAGGCAACAGGGGAAGUGUUGUCCAUUCAGCUGUCAUCUGAGCACAAUGCUUCUAGAGAGUCUGUGAGACAGGAGCUUCAAUCUUUGCACCCUGAUGAUUCACAGAUUGUUGUUCUAAAGCAUAACGUAUGGCGUGUAAAAGGCCUCAUACAGAUCUCCAGAUCUAUUGGUGAUGUGUAUUUGAAAAAGGCUGAGUUCAACAGGGAGCCUUUAUAUACCAAGUUCCGACUUCGUGAACGUUUCAAAAAGCCAAUAUUAAGCGCAGAACCAUCAAUCUCAAUGCAACAGCUGCAGCCGCACGAUCAGUUUAUUAUAUUUGCAUCUGAUGGCCUUUGGGAGCACCUUAGCAAUCAAGAAGCAGUUGAUAUAGUACAAAAACAUCCACGCAAUGGAAGCGCUAGGCGACUUGUGAAAGCUGCUCUACAAGAAGCAGCAAAGAAGAGAGAAAUGAGGUAUUCGGACUUGAAGAAGAUUGAUCGUGGUGUCAGACGGCAUUUCCAUGACGAUAUCACUGUGAUUGUUGUGUUCCUUGACUCGAACCUUGUAAGCAGAGCUAGUUCUGUUAAGGGUUCAAAUAUAUCCGUGAGAGGGGGUGGAAUCAAUCUGCCUCCAUACACACUGGCUCCGUGCACUACGCCAACAGAAGCUGGCGGUACCUGAUUAUGCUGUAUGUCCUAUUUUUGUCUCUUGUAUUAUUCUCAUGUGAAUACUAGGUAGCUUCCGGAAGAGCGAGAGGAGCCACCCUUCAAUUCUUUAAUGUACACUGUAACUUUUAACUGGGAACUAAUACUUGCAUUUAGCUUCUGUACCAAAAAAACUAGUACCGGAGAAGUACAAGAUGACAGUUGUUAUAGUUAUUUCUUGGGAAGUUCCCUA